GCGGAUCCCGAGUGGAGCCGGCCGCUGCGAGCGAGCGCACCCAGCCGGCGGAGUCGCCGCGCCCCGCAGCCGCACCGGCUGGUCUCCCGCCUUUUCUGGGGCCCCCGGGAUGGGGAGUCGCCGGGUUCUGAUCCAGCCGCGGGUUGGCCUCUGCCUGCUCCUGGCCUCGCUGCAGCUUCUGCCCCAGACUCAGGCCGCAGACCCCGUGGAUGUGCUGAAGGCCCUGGGCGUGCGGGGGGGCCUGGCUGGGGUCCCUGAGGGGCCUGGCCUCUGCCCCGACAGGGCCCCGGAGGGCGACCGGGCAUUCAGGGUAGGCAAAGCCAGCACGCUCGGCAUCCCCACGCAGGAGCUCUUCCCAGACACGCACUUUCCUGAGAACUUCUCUGUGUUGACCACUCUGCGGGGCCAGCCAGCCAACCAGUCUGUCCUUUUAUCCAUUUAUGACAAGGGCGGUGCCCGGCAGCUGGGCCUGGUGCUGGGGCCGGCGCCGGGCCUCCUAGGGGACUCCUUGAGCCCCCUCCCCGAGCAGGUCAACCUCAUGGAUGGCAGGUGGCACCGUGUGGCAGUCAGUGUGGAUGGCGGGGUAGUGACCCUGGUGGCUGACUGUGAGCCUCAGCACCCCGUGUUGGGCCAGGGGACUCGAUUCAUCAGCACAGCGGGCCUCACUGUUCUGGGAACCCAGGACCUCGGGGAAGAGACUUUUGAGGGAGAUAUUCAGGAGCUGCUGAUAAGCCCAGACCCCCAGGCUGCCUUCCAAGCCUGCGAGAAGUACCUUCCUGGCUGUGACAGCGUGGAUCCUACAGCCCCAGGGGUUCCUCAGCUUGACCCAGAAGCCCCUCCCCGUCGACGGAAGGGGAAGGGAAAAGGGAGGAAAAAGGGGCGAGGUCGUAAGGGGAAGGGCAGGAAGAAGAACAAGGCGACUCUGAGCCCGAGUCCUCCUCCCGGCUCCCUGGACAACCAGACCUCCCCUGACGCCCGCGAGGCAGAGACACCAGAUCCGAGUCGGCUUCCGACUCCCACACCUUUGGUUAUCAGCCCCACCGGGAGCACUGGCCGCAAUGUCACCGCGCCGGAGGGGAGUCUGGACUCAGGCAGUGGAACUGAACCGGGGACCCCAGAGACAGCGGUAGCCAGAGAAGAAGAAGAAGGAGAUGGCCCCACCCUGGGCCCCCACUUCCGGGCAGCAGAACAGUUAUUUCGGUCUGAGUUCCAGCUCUUCCCGGGCGCCGGAGAGAAGGGGGCCAAAGGGGAGCCCGCCGCGACUGAGCCGGGGCAGCAGUUUGAAGGACCUCCAGGAGCCCCAGGACCCCAAGGGGUGGUCGGCCCCUCGGGCCCUCCUGGCCCCCCAGGAUUCCCUGGGGACCUUGGUCUGCCGGGCCCUGCUGGCCGCCCAGGAAUCCCUGGCAUUGAUGGGAUCCGAGGCCUACCAGGCACUGUGAUCAUGAUGCCGUUCCAGUUUACAAGUGGCUCCUUCAAAGGACCCCCAGUCUCCUUCCAGCAGGCCCAGGCUCAGGCUGUGCUGCAACAGGCUCAGCUUUCUAUGAAAGGCCCCCCUGGCCCGGUGGGACUGACUGGGCGCCCAGGCCCCGUGGGUCUCCCUGGGUAUCCAGGUCUGAAAGGAGAGAUGGGAGAAAUGGGGCCACAGGGCCCCCGAGGCCUUCAGGGACCGCUUGGGCCCCCUGGCCGAGAGGGAAAGAUGGGCCGCUCUGGAGCAGAUGGUCCUCGGGGCCUCCCAGGGGACACGGGACCUAAGGGUGAUCGGGGCUUUGAUGGCCUGCCAGGGCUGCCUGGUGAGAAGGGCCACAGGGGUGACUUUGGCCACGUGGGGCAGCCUGGGCCCCCCGGAGAGGAUGGUGAAAAGGGACCAGAGGGGCCUCCAGGGCCCACUGGCCAGGCCGGGGAGCCGGGCGCCCGCGGACUGAUUGGCCCUCGAGGCUCCCCCGGCCCCCUGGGACACCCGGGUGUAGUUGGAAUUGAUGGUGCUCCGGGAGCCAAAGGAAAUGUGGGUCCCCCAGGAGAACCAGGUCCUCCAGGACAGCAGGGAAAUCCUGGGUCCCAGGGACUCCCCGGCCCCCAGGGACCCAUUGGCACUCCUGGAGAGAAGGGCCCCCCUGGGAAUCCAGGAAUCCCAGGCCUCCCCGGAUCUGAUGGCCCUCCGGGUCACCCAGGCCAUGAGGGCCCCAUGGGAGAAAAGGGGGCCCAGGGUCCACAAGGGUCGGCAGGCCCCCCGGGCUAUCCUGGAUCUCGGGGUGUGAAGGGUACCUCUGGCAACCGGGGCCUCCAGGGGGAGAAAGGAGAAAAGGGAGAGGAUGGCUUCCCGGGCUUCAAGGGCGAUGGGGGGCUUAAAGGCGAUCGGGGGCAGCCCGGACCCCCAGGUGCCCGGGGUGAAGAUGGUCCUGAAGGGUCAAAGGGGCAAGAGGGGCUGGCUGGCGAGGAAGGACCCCCAGGCUCGGCUGGGGAGAAGGGCAAGUUGGGGGUGCCAGGGCUCCCAGGUUACCCAGGACGCCCGGGCCCUAAGGGAUCUAUUGGCUUUCCUGGGCCCCAGGGACCAUUAGGAGAGAAAGGGAAGCGGGGGAAGGCAGGGCAGCCAGGCCUGGAAGGAGAGCGGGGACCACCUGGCUCCCGUGGAGAGAGGGGGCAGCCAGGUGCCACAGGGCAGCCAGGCCCCAAGGGCGAUGUGGGCCAGGACGGAGCCCCCGGAGUCCCUGGAGACAAGGGCCUUCCAGGUCUGCAAGGUCCUCCUGGGUUCUCUGGGCCAAAGGGUCCCCCUGGCCCCCAAGGCAAAGAUGGGCGCCCUGGACACCCUGGACAGAGAGGAGAAUUGGGCUUCCAAGGUCAGACAGGUCCACCUGGACCAGCCGGUGUCCUGGGCCCUCAGGGAAAAACUGGAGAGGCAGGGCCUCUAGGUGAAAGGGGGCCCCCAGGCCCCCCUGGACCUCCUGGUGAACAAGGUCUUCCGGGCCUGGAAGGCAGAGAGGGCGUCAAGGGAGACCUGGGGCCGCCAGGACCCCUUGGAAAGGAAGGGCCCCCUGGACCCAGGGGCUUCCCCGGUCCCCAAGGAGCUCCGGGAGACCUGGGACCUACUGGUUUGAAGGGUGACAAGGGCCUUCUGGGCCCCUUAGGGGCCAACGGCUCCCCUGGGGAACGGGGUCCUGUGGGCCCAGCAGGAGGCAUUGGGCUUCCUGGCCAGAGUGGAGGCCAAGGCCCUGUUGGUCCUGCAGGCGAGAAGGGGUCCCCGGGCGACCGUGGCUCCCCCGGCCCCACUGGCAAAGAUGGGAUCCCAGGGCCCCUGGGGCUCCCUGGACCCCCAGGAGCUGUAGGGCCUUCCGGUGAGGAUGGCGACAAGGGGGAAGUGGGCGCUCCUGGUAGCAAGGGGAGCAAAGGUGAUAAGGGAGAUGCGGGCCCACCUGGACCAACAGGGAUACGAGGCCCUGUGGGGCACCCAGGCUCCCCGGGAGCAGAUGGGGCUCAGGGACGCCGAGGACCCCCAGGCCUCUUUGGGCAGAAAGGAGAUGACGGAGUGAGAGGCUUCGUGGGGGUGAUCGGCCCCCCUGGCCUGCAGGGGCUGCCAGGCCCUCCUGGAGAGAAGGGGGAGGUCGGAGACGUAGGGUCUAUGGGCCCCCACGGAGCUCCAGGCCCUCGGGGUCCCCAUGGCCCCAGCGGAUCUGAGGGCUCUCCAGGGCUGCCUGGAGGAGUUGGUCAGCCAGGUGCUGUGGGUGAGAAGGGUGAGCCAGGGGAGGCUGGAGACCUAGGACCCCCAGGAACCCCAGGCAUCCCUGGACCAAAGGGAGAAGUCGGUGAAAAGGGAGACUCGGGCCCCUCUGGGGCUGCUGGACCCCCAGGCAAGAAAGGCCCCCCUGGAGAGGAUGGAGGCAAAGGGAAUGUGGGCCCCACAGGGCUCCCAGGAGAUCUUGGACCCCCUGGAGACCCUGGAAUUUCGGGUAUAGAUGGCAUCCCAGGAGAGAAGGGUGACCCUGGGGAUGUUGGGGGACUGGGGCCGCCUGGCGCUUCUGGGGAACCCGGCCCCCCAGGGCCUCCUGGCAAGAGGGGUCCUCCAGGCCCCAUGGGUCGAGAAGGCAGAGAAGGGGAGAAGGGUGCCAAGGGGGAGCCAGGUCCUGAUGGGCCCCCAGGGAGGACAGGCCCACUGGGGGCUCGAGGACCCCCUGGGCACGUGGGGCCGGAGGGCCUUCGAGGGAUCCCAGGCCCUGUGGGUGAGCCAGGCCUCCUGGGACCUCCUGGGCAGAUGGGCCCUCCUGGCCCCCUGGGGCCCUCUGGCCUCCCAGGCUUGAAGGGAGAUGCUGGCCUCAAGGGGGAAAAGGGCCACAUUGGAUUGAUUGGCCUCAUUGGUCCCCCCGGGGAGGCUGGUGAGAAAGGGGAUCAGGGGCUGCCGGGUGUGCAGGGCCCCCGGGGCCCCAAUGGAGAACCUGGUCCCCCUGGUCCCACUGGCUCUCUGGGCCACCCUGGGCCCCCAGGCGUGGCGGGUCCUCUGGGACAGAAGGGCUCUAAGGGGUCUCCAGGGUCCCUUGGUGCCCGUGGGGAUACUGGCCCUCCAGGCCCCCCAGGCCUCCCGGGCCCUUCUGCCGAGCUGCAUGGGCUUCGUCGGCGAAGGCGCUCAGUCCCUGGGGCCCCAGAGGGCGGCCUGGAGGAGAUUCUGGCCUCGCUCAUGUCUCUGAGCUUUGAGUUGGAGCAGAUGCGGCGCCCUCUGGGCACGGCCGAGCGCCCGGGCCUCGUGUGCAGUGAGCUGCGCCGCAACCACCCACACCUGCCUGAUGGGGAGUACUGGAUUGACCCCAACCAGGGCUGUGCACGGGACGCACUCAGGGUUUUCUGCAACUUCACGGCAGGAGGAGAGACCUGCUUGUAUCCCGACAAGAAGUUUGAGACCGUGAAACUGGCUUCCUGGUCUAGGGAAAAGCCAGGAAACUGGUAUAGCACAUUCCGUCGAGGGAAGAAGUUCUCCUAUGUGGACGCUGACGGCUCCCCGGUGAGCGUGGUACAGCUGACCUUCCUGAAGUUGCUGAGCGCCACCGCGCACCAGAGGUUCACGUACUCCUGCCAGAACUCUGCUGCCUGGCUGGACGAAGCUGCAGGCAACCACGGCCGCUCGCUGCGCUUCCUUGGGGCCAGUGGGGAGGAGCUGGCCUUCAACCAGACAGCAGCAGCCACCAUCGCUGUCCCUUAUGAUGGCUGCCGGCUCCGGAAGGGACAGACGAAGACUGUGCUGGAGCUGAGCUCCUCCCGAGUCGGGUUUCUGCCUCUGUGGGACGUGGCGGCCUCUGACUUUGGCCAGACGAACCAGAAGUUUGGGUUUGAAUUGGGUCCCGUCUGCUUUAGCAGCUGAGAGUCUCCGGGGGUGGGAGGGACAGUGAGGGAGCCCCAGCUGGGGGCACAUUGGUGCUGAGGCUCUGAAGCCACCGUAUUUAUGGUCUCCGGUGACUGUGGAACCAGGGGAGAGUCUGCACAUCACAGUCAAGCACUAUUCCUUCUCCAUUCCAGGGAGCUGGGGGCCCAAGAGCCCAGCACCCCCCGACGCCCCGCCGGCAUACCUGCAGUCUAGCUCUUGCCCCUCUCCACGCCCACCCAGUCCUCGACUCCUCACCCCUGAUCCCCAGCGCAGUGAACUAACUCAGAGCUGAUGAAUACCCCCCGAUGCCUCCCUCCCCCUCCUCACCCAGUGAGUGUCCUCAACACCCUUUGGUGCUACCCUUCCCAAUAGUUAAGCACUGGACAUCUCCUGAUCCCAGGCUGGGACCCCUUCGCUCCAUUCCUAUUUUCAGGUGGGUUCACAGUAAAGGAACUGAAGUCCAACUACAGGGGGAAGGAGGACUUCCCGGACUUGGCUGUGGGCUCCUUCUCCUGCCUCAGCCCAGCUCUGAAUACCGCACUCCCCCCAUCUCCCCGAAUGCACCUUGCCAUGCCAGGUGGUCUGGGGACCAAGAUGGUGGGGAUGAAUCAGGAUCCUAAUGGUGCUGCCCUAUUUAUACCUGGGUCUGUAUUAAAAGGGAAAAAUUCCCUCUGUUGUAUAUUUAAUCUGCUUUCUCCUUAGGGAAGGCUAGGAUAUGAUGAGAGAGAUUCUAGCAUGAUCCCCACCCCUCCAGGGACGUAGGGCACAGUUGGCAUCGUGAGUCGGAGAAUAAACCAGUGAACUGUG